AUGUCUGUAUACUUCCGGGAGUUGUUUCCAUCGAACAAGGUGAUAAAGUUCCGAACCGACUUUCGUAACACAAUCUACGAUUUGUUCCUGCACAGAAAAUGGGAAAUCACCACGCACGAAACCGACUGGAACAUGUGCUGGUCGGAGAAGGACUGGAUAAACGAGGUGUACGACACGCUAUCCUUGAAGAACAAUCAGUUCGUCAAUCACUUUAGGAAUUACUACGAGCUCACGCGGAAGGACCUGCUAGCGAAAAACAUGAAGAGGCUAAAAAAGCAAAACGAGAAGAUGAAAAAUGAACGGAUGAAAAAUGAACGGAUGAAAAACGAAAGGGUGAAAAACGAAAGGGUGAAAAACGAAAGGGUGAAAAACGAAAGGGUGAAGAAUGAGAAGAUGAAUGACAAGAAGAUGAAUGACGAGGAGGAGCUAAAGAUUAUAGACAUAACCCCGGUUACGUUCGUCCUUCCACUUGAGUACAAGUUGUUCCUUGAGGAAUACAAGCGAAGGGGCAACCGCACCUGGAUUAUGAAGCCAAUAGGAAAAUCUCAAGGAAAAGGAAUUUUCCUCUUCAACAAAAUAUCCCAGAUAAAGAGUUGGAGUGUGGGCUGCCAGAGAGAUAAAGACAUCAACAGUGGAAGAGACGCGGAGAGGAACAAAGCGCUAGACGUAGGUAGAUCCCCUGAACGGGGAAAAGAUACUAACCGGAUUAAAGUCGCCGAACUGAACAAGUCGUUAGAAGGAAACAAAGAAACAGAGCUACCAGAGAGACCGGAACAGUACAUCGUGCAGGAAUAUAUUCCUAACCCCCUGCUCAUAGGAGGAAAGAAGUUUGACAUUCGUCUUUACGUCCUCAUCGUGUCCUACUCCCCUUUGACGAUAUAUCUCUACAGGAGUGGCUUUGCUAGAUUUUCACACACCUAUUUUAAAAACGAAAAAAACAACAUGUCAGAUAUUACCAUGCACUUAACGAAUGUCUCUAUACAAAAGAAUGCAGAAGGAUAUGAUGAAACUGUUGGAGGAAAAUGGUUCGUUAGAGAAUUAUUCCUCUACAUGAUGAGUCGUUACGGGAGUGACCGAAUCACUACGUUAAUUAGGGACAUCGAAAACUGUAUCAUUCAGUCGUUUCUAGCGGUUCACAAAAUAAUAAUAAAUGAUAAACAUUGCUUUGAGCUCUAUGGGUUCGAUAUCCUCAUCGAUAGCAACUUAAAACCAUGGCUCAUCGAGGUGAACUCCUCUCCUUCUCUGUCUGCCAACACGAAGGAAGACUACACACUUAAGUUUAACAUGCUAGAUGAGUUGAUGUCUUUAAUUAAUUUAGAAAUGUACAAUUUACCGGAGACGGACCGCGUUGGAGACUUUGACUGCAUCUACAGGAAAGGCAAUCGCGUUGUCCCUCCUCAGCCUUACAACUUUUCUUCCCACUUAGGGGCAGAACUCUCAGGAACGGAGCAUCUGAAGCAAAUGGCAAAAGACAUCAAACGGGGAAUGGACAACGAAAAAAGUGGGAAACCAUGA